ACUCCCCGAGCUACCGCUGCCACGAUCUGAGCUGUCCCUUGUCACCAGGGUUUCUGUGUUCCUCCUGCUCAUCAACCGACUCGUCAACCAGCGUCUGUCUCUCGACGUCAGGUCCAAGGCUUUCCAUCAUGUUCCCUGGGUGAGCUGCUGUGUACUGUGCGGAGGAGAGUGUCCCUGUUGACCCGGGAUUAUCAUAACAAGAGCUGGUCCAGUGGCUUAGAGCAGAUGAGUCAUGCUCACCUCCAGUGAAGUUGAAGAUGAGGUGGAUCAUUCAUUUUUCGACAGUGAUGCUGACGACGGUAGCGUCUGCAGAGAAGGACGUGAAACGACCGGAAAUCCACCGGUGAAAGAGAAGCUUCGAGCAAGACAGACUGAAAAAGCAAAUAGUGGUUUGUCCCAGAGGACUCAUGGGACAAAAAAACACCGGCAGAAAGUUAACAGCAACGGAAGCAGUGGGGAAAGUGAAAAGAACAGCUCUCUGUCAAAGGAGGAAAGUAAGCGAAGGGUUUCUAACCUAUCAUCUGCAGCCUCUAUGUCAGAUAAAGGCAUCAGCAGUGACAGCAGUGAUAGUGAGGAAGAUUACAAGGUGCUCUCUAAAAGACCCAAUGAGACAUCCAUGGCUUUGGUGGAUGAGGUAAAUGAUAGGGACAUGUACAACCAGAGUCCAGAUGAGACUGAAGAAGAGGCAGGGUCCACUUCCAAACACUCGAAAUGGAGAAAUACACAAGCUUCUAAAAAACCCACAAGAAAAUUGCGCAGCCAAAUUCCAUCCUCCUCUUCCACCGAGGACGAGGACUCAGAAAUCUGCUCUAGCUGUAGUUGCAGGACCCCCAUCCCUCACAAACCCAAGAAGACGUCUUCAUCCCCUCGAGAGGGACGGUCCACAGAGGGUGGGGACGGAUCUCAGGACAUGACCACCAGCUGUACAGAGGAGUCGGACGAUACAGUGACAAACGUGAGCCCCCUCUCCUCUCCUGACAUCACCCCCAUGCAGUCGCUGGACCUGAACCACACAGAGGCAGAGGAGCCGCAGCAGGAGAGUGUGCCCUCCAGUGGCCUCAGCGAUACACCUCAGUACGAGGACUCAGAGUGCUCCUUCAUUUCAGAUAGUAAAUUUGGAGGUGGACCGGCCGCCUCCUAUCCUGGACAGAAAAGCAGGAAGAACUUCUCAUUCAACAACAACGAUGUCCAGCGCAUAGAUCAGGAGAACCAGCGACUGUUCCGGGUGCUCUCACGCCUUUCUGCAGAGCCCGGACCAGAGAGUGCGGCGAAGAAGAAAACCAAGAGAGGCGGCCACCUGCCUGCCGUUCACGUUCAUCACAGCGCAGUUAACAGGCGUCGGGAUCAGAAGCGCAUCGAGACAGAGAACCUGGCUUUCCUGAAGCGACUGGAGUCUGCCAAGCCUUCAUAUGGUAUGAAGCGCUCCGAGCAGGAGAAAGAUUACCAGCGACUAGCAUCAUAUUAUGGAGGUCCGGUCUACCCACUGUCUCGGAAAGACAGGUCCUCCUUCGAAAUAAACUCAGUGGGUCCCAGGUCUGCUGGUUCCACCAGACACAGCUCCAGAGCAGCUUCCACCACCACAGACUCCGGCAGCACGCCUGCACCCACGUCACAAAAACGGUGCAGCUACUCAAGCCGUUUUCAGACAUGAACUCCAGAGUUUCUCCUUUUACAUACGAAGAACACAGCGGGAGUUUCCCUGGUCUCCGGAUCAUCAUCGUCGAUGUCUUCCUUGUUUACAGCAUUGCUUUUUAAUAUUGAGAUAUUUGAUUUUUUGUCUGUUUUUUGUUGGCUUUGCGUCGAUGGAGGUUUGCAACAUCAUCAAUGUGCCAACUCGCUCACCGUUAGUCAUCCAGAGAACCUCCUGCUGUUCUCUCUCGUGGGCUCACUGGAAUAUUAUCUGGCCUAGGGGUAGAGUGGUUGUCCUCCAACAAAAAGGUUGGCGGUUCAAUCCUCACUCUCCUCCAUCUACAUGCCGAAGUGUCCUUGGGCAAGAUCCUGAACCCCUGAAUGGCCCCUCAUAGAUGUUGAAUGGCUUCGGAUAAAAGUGACUGCCGAAUGACAUAUAAUGUAAUGUAAUCUUCCUUGAGGCCGCCAGGAGAAACUCCCUAGAACAUACAGCCCCUUGUGUUUGAAGGCAGUUUUUGAAGCAUGUUGCUGGAGACUCUUUGAUGCUGAAGUAUAGCAAACAAUGCUCUCUAAUUAAUCCCUCUAAUAGUUCAACUGUGGCUUCUCAAUACGGUGUUAAGAUCGCUGGGUGCAUUUCUGUAGAAGAUAUUGCCUUUACAUCAACUGCUAUUAUAAAUUAUGCAUUACAAAAAUAACAAAAUAAAUGUAUUUAUUAUAUCAGCAAGUGACGUUUUGGUUUAUAUCUGCAAUUUCUCAGAAUUGUUCAAAUUCUGAUGUGCUAUAGAAUUGUAAACAAAAUUACAGGGCUAUAGGGAAGUUAAUAUUUCUUGUUAUUAAUAUAUUAAUACUUGAAUAAAAAGGCUGCUCAUUCCAAUAUAAGAAGUGUGUUAUUUACAUCUUGGAGAAUAGUUGAUCUUACAUAAUUGUCUAACAUUCUCGUGACCAACUACUAUUAAGAGAAAGAGGAUUUUUAAUGGAUUCUUGGUUGGAACAGAUUGUUAGAAGUGAAAAUCCGGGAAAUUUUAACUGUAUUGGGUUUACACUGACAGUAGUAACAGCAUCAAGACCCACAGUAUACGACUAAAAUCCCAAAUCUAAGAAAGAGGGCUACACAUAUUGUAUAUUACAAAGGACUUUUGAUAAAUGUACCUUUUUAAAUUGCGUUGAAAAAAACACCCUAAUAUUGUAUUUAGUAUAUCUAUAUCUUGCUCAUUCUACAUUAUAUUUCAAUGUUAUUUGUAUUUAUUGCUACAUUUUCCCCUUGUGCUGCCACUAAGAGCUGCUGUGACUCUUGAAUAGAACAGAGCCAUCAUUAAUGUGUUUUACUGUGACAUGUCCAUUUAACAGCAGAUGACGUGUUGGGCGUAACAAUCGAACAUGUGUUGGAAAAAGACUGGACCAUUGAAUU